AUGAAGCACAUUCUUGUGUUGGCUUUGAUCGCAUUCACAUAUGCUACGACCUUGACAGAGAUGUCAGACAGACUUUCUCAAUAUGGAGAUCAUCCCUUCGGAAAGUCUAUGGUCAAUCUGGUUACUGUUAACAUGAAAACUGGUGGUUCCCUCAAUGAAUUGAAAUAACUCUUACAACAAAUCAAGGACGAACUCAUCGCUCUCACUCAAUUGCAAGAUUCAGAAAAUGCCACUUUCACUCGCAGAAGUCAAGUUGAUUUGGCUAAAUUACAAGCCACCCUUGAAUAAGCAUCAGCUGAUUUAGACAACCAAAGACAAGAGCAAUCAAGCUUGAGCAACGAAUUGGCUACUCUGUAAACUAGAGUGAAGGAGGAUCAAGCCGCUUUGGACAGAAACGGUAGAGGAAGUGGCGAUGCUCAAUCCAGACUUGAUGCUGAAAAUGCUGACUUUGCUACCAAGUACUCCGAUUACAAUGACGCCAUCUUAGCAUGUAAGGAAGCACAAAGAUUACUAUUGAACUUAAGAGGUGAAGGAGCAUCUUUAAUUUAACUUACUUAAGAUACAAAGAGCAACCUCAUCUAAACCAAGGAGAACUUCUAAAAGAUCAAAGAAAUAUUGGAAGCUCACACCAAAAAGAGCUCUUUGACCCUCUUCCAACCCAUCAUUGAAGGACUCGCUGAAAUGACCACCAAAGUCAAUCCAGAAACCUUGAACAAUGUCCUUAGUUUGGUCGCUCGUCUUAUCACAGCUCUUCAAGAAGGUCAAGAUCAAUUGGAGUCAAAUCACAAAACUCAAGUUGAGAAUUUAACCAGUAAACCUUAUAAGUUUCAUUUGGCUACUGCUAACAAUAGACUCAAGGAGAUUUAAUCAAGAUUGAACGAAUUAGACGGAUUGAUCAACAUCUCAAAUGCUUUAGUUGAGGUCACACAAUUAAACAUUCAAGAUGCCACCAAGAUCAAUGAAUUGGAAGAUGCAGAAUACAGUAAUUAAAAAGUCAGCAGAUAAACUGAAAUCGAUAUAGUUGAUAGAUUAAUUGAAUACAUCAAUUAAAAAUUGUCAGAGUGAUUCCAUACAAUUAUAUCAAAAAUAUCAUUAUUAAUUAUAAUGUUGUUUUA